AUGUGGUCGACGACGACAGCGCUCCUGCUCCUCGCGACGGCCGUGGCCAGCGAGACGCUUUGCCCCAAUGCGUCGGCGCCAACUCUAACGCUGGUCGCAGGCUCGUCCUGCGAAGGCACCGGCAGCACGCUCUGCUACGUCGACCGCACGUGCAGCACGAUGGCCGUCGCGAUGCUGACGACCAAGUCGCGUGUCGCCAACGUCUCGCGCGUCGGCGACCUCUCUGCGUACAGCGGCAGCCGCCUGUUUUUUGAAAACAGUCCCCGCUUGGUCUUUGACGAGAGCUUCCAGUUCCCGCCCUACCUCUUCGUCUUCGGCGUCGAGCGAUGCAACGUGAGCGCGCUGCCGCCGAUGCCACCCUCAGCGAGCUGUGCGUACUUGCGCUUCAAUCGCCUCACGCGCCUCCCGACAAUGCAUUUGGCCAAACGUAUGUCCGAAUUCUGGGCCGACAACAACUUGCUCACGGACAUGGCGGCGAUCCCGAUUCCGACCUUUGCACUGUACGUCGUCACGUAUGAGUGGUCCGAGCACCUACCUCAUGGCGGCUCUAGCGUCCUGGAGAACAACCGCAUUGAGCAACUGGUCAACCUCACGCUCGACACCAAGCGACUGUACUUUAGCGGCAACCCCCUCAAGACGAUCCAGAACGUCAACUUCUCGUCGACCGUCGACCUCUUCAACUGCUCGGAUUGCCACCUCACCACGCUGUCCUUGUCGCAGUCGUCGUACGAGACGCUCAACGGUCUUCGGCCAGGCCAGUUGCUUCUCGGCUCGACCACCCUCAAUGCGUCGGCGUGCAAUGCAACCGGCGGCGCCAUCGCCGUGCUGCAGACCAACUAUACGGCGUGCGUCACGCAGCCCGCCGUCAUUCAGGCGCCGACACAGACCACCAACGUCCUGCCGUGGAUCCUUCUUGCCGUCGUCGUCGUCGUCGUCGUCGUCGCCUUUGUCACGCGGCGUCACCAACGCCGGGCGGCAGCCCACAAGGCCACGAUCGACGACGACAAGAAACGACCGACGCGAACGAUUACGUUUCCGUCGUUCUCGGACCGGUCGACGGACUUGGACGCCGACGACGACGAUCUCCGGGCCAAGCUCGGCCAAUUGCAGCUGCACCGCGUCGAGGUUGGCGAGAUUCAGGUCGGAGCGUUCGUCGCGGAAGGCGGCCAUGGCGCCGUGUAUCAAGGCACGUACCGCACCGACACGGUCGCGCUCAAGACGCUUUCGCCACACAAGAUUUCCGCGUCCAACGUCGAGAGCUUCCUCGAUGAGAUCCUUCUCCUCUCCAUCCUCGACUGCCGUCACAUCGUGCGGCUCGUCGGCGUUGCGUGGACCAAGCCCGCCGACGUGGUCUGCCUCCAAGAGUACAUGGACGGCGGCGACCUGCGCACCCGGCUGCUCGACGACGCGCCGUUUCCGUGGACCGACAAGCUCGUGUGCGUGACGCACCUCGUCGACGCGCUCGUCUACAUCCACUCGCUGAACGUGCUCCACCGCGACAUCAAGUCCCGCAACAUCCUUUACCGACAUGACGUGGCAGAGUGGAAGCUCGCUGACUUUGGCGUCGCGCGCGAGGACGCGGACGGGACGAUGACGUGCGGCGUCGGCACGAGUCGCUGGACCGCGCCCGAGGUGCUGCAGGGACAGUACUACUCGUCGGCCGCCGACGUCUACUCGUUUGGCGUCGUGCUCUCGGAGCUCGACACGCAUGCGCUGCCGUACGCUGACGUGCUUGGGCCCAACGGACAACCGCUGGCCGAGGCGACGCUCGUGCAGCGCGUGUGCGCAGGGGAGCUCACGCCGACAUUUCAAGCGAGCUGUCCGGCGUGGGUGCGCUCGUUGGCGGCCGACUGCCUGUGUACCGAGCCCGCCCGGCGCCCGACAGCGCUCACGGUCGCGUCGCGACUCUUGCACCUCGCGCUCGCAGACACUGGCGAGGCCGUCGUUGACGUUGCUGCGCACCCGUAG